ACCUGUAACAGUUUAACGUGACUUACUUGAUUUGUAAAAUAGAUUCACGCGAGCUGAAACAUGACUGCAGACAUAUGGGACGUAGUUGUUGUUGGUGCUGGGCUGUCUGGACUCAGUGCAGCUCAUUUACUCAGAAAAAAACGUGACAGUUUGAGAAUUCUGAUUCUUGAAGGAAAAGAUCGAGUGGGAGGUCGCACUUUGUCCUAUGAAAUACCAGCAGCCAGUGGCGCAGCUCACUGGGACUUUGGUGGCCAGUGGGUCGGAAGCACUCAAACACAUAUCUUGGAGCUCAUAAAAGAGUUGGGCUUAGAGGUCUAUCCGCAAUUCAAUACCGGUAAGAAAGUGCUUCACAUGGGUGGACCAAACUCCAAAGUACGGGUCUACAGUACAAGCAUUCCUACCUUGUCCCCACUGGUGCUCCUGGACUUCACCCAGUUCCUGUGGAAGAUUGACAGACUGUGUGGAACAGUGUGUGUCCGGGAUCCUUCGAGGACUCGCGACGCUGUGAAACUUGACAGCAUGACCCUGCACUCAUACACUGAGCAACAUGCUUGGACAGCAGAACUAAAAGAGCAAAUGGGAGUGUGUAGCAGAUCUGUGUUCGGCAUGGAACCAUCCCAGAUGUCCUUCUUAUUCUUCCUCAUGUAUGCUGCAGCGGCUGGAGGGCUGCUGGCACUUCUGGAGAGCUCUCCAGGUUGUGCUCAGGAGUUCAAAGUAAAGGGAGGCACCCAGCAGCUUUCAGAGUCUCUGGCUGAACGUGUCGGGUGGAAGAAUGUCCGGCUGGGCUCUGCUGUGACGGCCAUAUGGCAGGAUGCAGAGUGGGCCAAGGUGAUGACGAGCAACGACACGUUCUUGUGCAGAGCUGUGAUCGUCACUUGCCCCCCUCAUUUGGCAGCAAAGAUCCAGUACCAGCCAGCCCUGCCCAGCAUGAGGGAAUUCCUCACCCAGAACAUGCCCGUGGGCCAUAUGAUGAAAUUCAUCAUUACAUACCAGACAGCUUUCUGGAAGGAGAAGGGGUUCUCUGGUGAAAUAGUGGCAGGAUCCUCUACUGACUGCCCAUUCUGUGUCACCUUUGAUGCCACCACACCUCAAGGUGACGCAGCCCUAGUGGGUUUCAUCGCUGGCCAACAUGCACCUUACUGGAGUGCUAAAGAGGUCAACGAAAGAAGAAAAGCUGUACUUUCCAGUCUGGUCGGCUAUCUUGGUCCUGAAGCUGCAGUGUACAUCCACUAUGAAGAGAGAGACUGGGCUAAGGAAGACUACAGUGGUGGCUGUCCUGUCAAUGUCAUGGCACCAGGUCUGCUAACGUAUUACCACCCGAGCCUAAGGAAGCCCUGUGGCAGGAUCCACUGGGGAGGCACAGAGACGGCCACGCAGUGGUGUGGCUACAUGAGCGGGGCAGUGCAAGCUGGACAGCGAGCGGCGCUGGAAGUUCUGGCUGAAGUCUACCACAUGGACCUAACGAUGGAGGAGCAAGAAGCGCUGGAGCCAAAUGAGACUAUCCCUAGUCCCACAAACCAAAAACCAUCAUCCAAGCUCGUGUAUCUGUUCACAAAGAAAUCUGUGGUUACAGCAGUACUGGCGACAGGUGCUUUUCUGCUUCUAGUUCAGAACCAAAAUGCAUUGAUAAAGAUGAAAACUUUCCUAACAAACACUGCUGGGAUUAGAGGCUUGACACACUGAUUUAGGUUGCGUCUGCUUUCCAAACAAAUGUGUUGAUUCUGCUAAACAGUGGCUUAGAAAGACCAACCAAUAACAUGAUGUAUUAGAGGUGUAAUUCAGGUUAAAACUACUAAUUUAUUUAAAGCCUCUUUACAUUAAUAAUAGCACCUAUGGAAUGUCAAAAUAAAUAAAUGAUUAAAAAUGCUCAUUACCUA